UGCAGCCCCAACACUCACUGGAGCGUCUAGUCUCUCAGAGUGCUGCUUCCUGAGCUCCCCUUUAGAUCUUUUUUUUUUCUUGUUUUUUUCCCCCUUAGAUCUCUUUUAACCCUGCCCACUGCUUCUCAAUUCUUGGCACCCUUUCUCCUCCCCAUUGCAACAAGGGUGACCCCAUUUCCCUCCCCUGGCAUCCCUCCCCCAGAUCUCAGAACUGCCCCUGCCCCUCUCCUCCCCCUACUCCUGGCUCCAGUAUCCCCAAGGGCUCCAAACUGCUCCUCUUCUCUUCCCCCCCCCCCCGCCCCAGGACUUCAGUUCCCACUUCCCAAAGGAAGCCAUGCAUGAAGUUGUUCCUGCUCAGAGCGCUGUGGGUGUCUGCAUCUCUGAUGCCCUCAUUGCCAAGAGGAACUUGGCCUUCAAAAAAGACAAGGAUACUUCAAAGGUGACGCCUCAGGCUCUUGCUGCACUGCAGACUGUUCGCCUAGAUCGAGAGGGCAUUGGUUAUAUUGGAAACCUAGAGGGCCUUCGAGCCCUUCACAGUCUCUACCUUCAAGAGAAUGAGAUCCAUCGAAUUGAGAACUUAGACUGUCUCCCUUGCUUACGCUUCCUAACCCUGGCAGGAAACAAGAUCCAACAGAUAGAAAACCUUGGUGGUCUCCAGCAGCUGCAGCUCCUGGACUUAUCUCACAAUCAAAUUGCAACAUUGCAACUAGCUGAGCUUCCCCAGAACCUCCUGGUUCUUAAUCUUUCUGGGAAUGAUUGUACCAAGCAGGAUGGCUACCGGGAAAUGGUGACAGAGUCCUUACCUAGGCUUCUGGAUCUAGAUGGUGAGAAGGUGCCUGGAUGGGAGGACCCGGAGGAGAAGAAAGUGACAGAUACCCAGGACGAGUUCCCUGAGUUGAACGGCCCCUUCUGUGCAGAACGAGGCUUCCUCGAGGAACUGGAACAGGAGUUGGCCAGUCAUAGGGAGAGAAGGCUAAGGGAGGCCCUGAUGGAGCAUGAGAUCAGGAUGGCAUUCAAGCCUGUGACCACUGACCUCUCACUGCUGCCAGGGGCCCCUCCACCUAAGAGCCACAGCCCUUCUCCAGUGUCUGGGAAAAACACAGCAGGGGCCAGCCCCACUGCCACUUCCCCUGGGCAACCUUCCACUGCCAGGAAACCCCAUGGCCUAGACAGCCAGCGGCAAAGCAACACAGUCCAGGUGGAGAAAAGGGGAAGACUGACCACAGGCCCCCAAGCCAAGGCUCAACGUGCUACUAGAACGACAACCAUCAGAGUCAAGAAAUAAAAGGCCACAGACCCUUUACACCCCACCUUUUCUCUCCCAGCAAAGCCACGGGAGGAAUAAAAGGGUGGGAAAUAAGGAUGGCCAAAUCUUUAAAUUCCCAUUCCCUGACAGAAGCUCAUUCCUAAUAAACCAUCUCUG